AAUGUAUUGCAUGUACUGAAUAGGUUAUAUAACUUAUAUGGUGAAGGGGGGUCAAGUGGUAACCAAGGGCAACAACCCCUGAACCUCGAGCUGAAAAGGACGUAAAUUAUUAAUGUGCGCGGAUGGAGGAGAGCAUGAAGUGUAGCCCUGAAUUUGGCACAGACCGGACUUCGGAGUGCCAGAGUGUGUGUGUUUAGUGCUUUGGUGUGUUUGUAUCCUAUUGACAGCACUUGGGAGUGUCAACGAGUGAAAGCUGCGCGGGCAUCGUGUGUUGUGUGAAUGGCGGAUGACUAGGCUCUGUACAAAAAUCGGUCACCUGUUCGCACCGCAGACUUUGCCCAGUGAGGGAGUGUGUACGGAAAUUCUGUAACAGGCAGCUGGCAAGCGAAACUAGCAGCGGAACGGGGGCGCCUGUCAAGCGCGAGCCGAUCGCCGAAGCGCGCCAGGGUUAUAGGCUAGAUUCCCACUGAUACCGCUGCUGCCAUGAAGAGGAGGGAGUAUCCAGUCGGCGAAGUCCUCAUCAUUCCAAUGACAUCGACUUCACCUUCACCCCAGGACUCAGCUCGACCCCAAGCCCUUCCCCUCCAGCCCUCUUCCCCUCCUCCCCCUGUCUCCUCCCCUCCUCCCCCCCUUUCUCUGUCCAAUCCCCAGCUCCAGGCUGAGUUUCUGAGGAUAGCUCCCAGAGCUGCCUCCCCUGACAACAACUCGGCUAGAUCCCAAAUCCUUCCCCUCCAGCCUUCUCCCCCCAUCUCCACCUCUGUGGCUCCCCACUCCUCCCUUCCUCCCCCUCUUUCCUCCCCUCCUCCACCCCUCUGUCUGUCCAGUCCCCAGCUCCAGGCGGAGUUUCUGAGGAGAGCUAGCCGUGGUCUCAGAACUGUCUCCUGCGACACCGACGAUGUCCUCACCUCCCCCAGCUCCCCCCUGGUUUCACCCUUUACCUCCACCACCACUUCCCCCCUUACCUCCCCACCUCAGCCCCUCUCCCCCACCUCUCCCUUUAGCUCUCCACCACAGCCCCUCUCCCCCUCCACACCCACUACAGAGGGCUGCGCUACUCGCCUGUCCCUUUCCAGUCCUGAGCUGCUGACAGAGCUGCGUCGGUCUCAGUCCCGUCCUAUGAAGCACGUCUCCAUCUCUAAAGGACUCACCACUGUCUUCUGUGGACGGGGCAGGGGCGUAACGACUCCUAGCUCUGCUCCUGCCUCAGGAGCAACCAACCAGACACUCCGCUCAGACUCCACGGCCAAUGGAAGAAGACAGGCGGGUCCCAAGCUGUCCAAUGGGACAUAGCGUUAGACUAAGUUAAAGUGCCUCUGAGGAAACCAGCUGCUGUAUAGUGUCAAUGUUAUUGAUAUUAAUGAAAACCAGUAGUACGGUGGCCUGAAUAUGAUACAUGAUCAAACACUAUCUAUACUGCCAUGUGCCAACAAUAAACACAAUGCAAACUAACCGACAGACGGACACACUGUAGCUCUUCAUGUAAGACAUGGAGAGCAAUGUGUUGAGCUGAGGCAUGCCGCUCUCUUGAAAAAUAAAUUAUAAAAUGUAUCAUAA